GAGAGAUGAGAGCGGAGCUAGGCGUUGCUCUAAUAGUUAGAAUUCUACUACAAUUCGUAUGGUUGGCUGGGGUGACCACCGCUUGCAUUUUAAGGACGAGACAUUAAUUCGUCUCGAGCAAGGUGCCUCCGAACAAAAAAUUAACUCGCCAUCAGGUGCGUUCUUUCAGCUGACAACACGCUUGCUCCCUCGUCCUGGAGACAAAUAGCGCAGGAGCCUUGUUCACUAUUAUAUUUAUAGUAGUCAGUAUACGGAAAUGGCUGUUGUGCUGGGUGUCGGAUUUAACGACGGCGUCCGCUGCUCCUGCGUUCUUGCCGAGACUCCAGUGCUAUUUUGAGGCCAGUAUGGCUUGUCACCUGUUGCUUCUCUUCUGGACACUCUGACAGUGUAUUUCCCCGUCAGAACCUGGCCUCUGACAAUUAGGGUGCUCCUCUGGGCGGCUGUCACUAACGCAGUGUGUCGAGCUUGAGAGUACUUCGGUUUACUACGCUCCUUCUCUGGAAAUUGUCCGAAUUGUUUGACUCCUUCCUUUUUGGAUACGAAUUCAAUCAACUUAAGUGAAAAGUUAUGGCCGAGACCGGACACCCCGAAGAUCAACGAGAUGAGGCUGUCGACGAUGAAUUUGGGGAAAUCAUCAAGUGUCGAUCUGAUGAAAGAGAAGAUGUCCAGAAGAAAACAUUCUCCAAGUGGAUAAAUAGUCAGCUAACGAAGACCGGGAAGCCCCAGAUUGAUGACCUCUUCUCUGACCUGUGUGAUGGGCGACGCCUCCUGGACCUCCUGGAGGGUCUGUCGGGAGAGGAGCUAGCUAAAGAAAGGGGCUUUUCUCGCGUUCACGCUCUCAACAAUGUGAACAGGGCCCUGCAGUUCCUUCAGAAGAACAAUGUUGAACUGGUGAAUAUUGGUGGGGUGGACAUCGUUGAUGGAAAUCACAAACUCACUUUAGGCCUCAUCUGGAGCAUCAUCCUGCACUGGCAGGUGAAAGAUGUGAUGAAAGAUUUAAUGGAGGGGCUACAGCAGACCAGCAGUGAGAAGAUUCUGCUGAGCUGGGUGCGGCAGUCCACUCGAGACUACAAGCAAGUCAACGUGGUCAACUUCUCCAGCAGCUGGUCUGAUGGGCUGGCCUUCAAUGCCCUCAUCCAUAGCCACAGGCCGGAGCUGUUCGAGUGGAAGAGCGUGGAGAAGCAGGCGGACAUCGAGAGGCUGGACCAUGCCUUCCGCAUCGCCAAGCAACAGCUGGGCAUCGACCAACUCCUGGAUCCUGAGGACGUGGCCACGUCGCACCCUGACAAGAAGUCCAUCAUCAUGUACGUCACCUCGCUGUUCCAAGUGCUGCCUCAGGGUGUCAGUAUGGAGGCCAUCCAGGAGGUGGAGACGCUCCCUGACGCUCGAGCCGCCGCGCAGGAGGCGGAGCCUGGCGCCGUGACCGAGUCGGCGCGGGAGGCGGAGAUCGUGCGCGUGACCGGGACCACGCGGGAGGAGCACGUGCAGAUCCAGAAACAGCAGCGCUACUCCCAGCAGAUUACAGUGAGCGUGGCUCAGGGGAGGGUUCGAACCCCCUCCCCUUCUCUUAAACCUCGCUACAAAAGCUACACCUACACGCAAGCUGCUUACGUCAAGUCACCGGAUCAGAAGAGAAGGCGCUUUACGUCACAGUCUCCAGACAGCCAGGGAGAGGAGGACCACCACACCGGCAGCCCCCUCCCCAGAGCGGACACCCACCUAGAGGGGUACCAGAGCGCCCUGGAGGAGGUCCUGACCUGGCUGCUCUCCGCCGAGGAUGGCCUGCAGGCCCAGCCGCCCAUCUCCAGCCACGUGGAGGAGGUCAAGGAGCAGUUUCACACCCACGAGGGCUACAUGGUGGAGUUGACGUCGCAGCAGGGCAGCGUGGGUAGGGUCCUGCAGAUGGGGAACGCGCUGCUGUCCGACGGCCGCUUGACGGAGGACGAGGAGAGCGAGGUUCGGGAGCAGAUGAACCUGCUCAAUUCCCGCUGGGAGCACCUGCGUGUGGCCAGUAUGGAACGGCAGAGCAAGUUACAUGAGGCCCUGAUGGACCUGCAACACCAGCAGCUGAAGCAGCUCACUGAUUGGCUGGACGUGACGGAAGCCCGGAUCAAGCGCAUGGAGGCGGAGCCACUGGGGCCCGACUUGGAGGACGUCAAACACCAAGUGGAAGAGCACAAACUUCUCCAGGAAGACCUGGAGUCGGAGCAGGUGCGCGUGAACUCCCUCACCCACAUGGUGGUGGUGGUGGAUGAGAACAGCGGAGACAGCGCCACCGUGGCCCUGGAGCUGAAACUGCAGCACUUAGGGGAUCGGUGGGCCGCCAUAUGCAAGUGGACGGAGGAGCGCUGGGUUCUACUGCAAGAGAUUCUGCUCAAGUGGCAGCACUUCACCGAGGAGCAGUUCUUGUUUGACUCCUGGCUGACGGAGAAGGAGGCUCUCGUCCGAUCGAUCCAGAGCAGGGAUUUCAAGGACCAGAAUGAGAUGGUUGCCAGCCUGAAAAAGCUUGCGGUUGUGAAGGGGGAUCUGGAGAUGAAGAGACAGACAAUGGACAAGCUGUGUGCCCUGAGCCAGGACCUGCUGUGCAGGGUGAAGAACAAGGAGCUGGCCCACAAGCUGGAGGCCCGCCUGGAGAACCUGGCCCAGCGCUGGGACAAACUGGUGCACCUGCUGGAGGAGAACAGCACCCAGAUCUCGCUGGCUGUCACCACCGCCCAGACCGAACAGACUCAGACCACCGUCAUGUCGACCGUAACCAAGGUGACUAGGCGGGAGCAGGUGAAGCACACCAAGGCGGAGGCGCCUGUCCCCCCUCAGAAGAAGAGGCAGAUCGUGGUGGACUCCGAGCUCCGGAAGAGGUUUGACGUGGACUUCACGGAGCUGCACAGCUUCAUGACGCGCUCGGAGGCCACCCUGCAGAGCCCCGAGUUCUCCGAGAGGGGCAAGGAGGCCAGCGUUUCGGACCUGCACGACAGAGUGCUGGCAAUAGACAGGGAGAAGCCGGAGAAGCUGAGGAAACUGCAGGAGGCUACUCGCUCUGCACAGGCUCUGGUGGAUCAGCUGGCCAGUGACGGCCAGCACGCGGACGACAUCCAGCAGGCGGCGGAGCAGCUGAACAGCCGCUGGGUGGAGUUCUGCGCGCUGCUGGACGAGCGGCUGUCCUGGCUGGCCUACCAGACCAAGGUGCUGGCCUUCUACAGCCAGUUCCAGCAGCUGGAGCAGGCCGUGCUGACAGCCGAGAACUGGCUGAAGGUGCAGCAGCCGCCCGCCUGCGACCCGGAGCUGCUGCGGGUUCAGCUGGAGCGCUGCCGGGAUGAGCUGGCCCGCCUCUCGUCCCUGCAGCCGCAGGUGGAGAAGCUGAAGGACCAGCUGAACGAGCUGCGGGAGAAGGAGGAGGGGGCUCCCGUCGUUCUGGACGCUGACAUCACCGCCUUCACAGAGCAUUACAGGGAGGUCCUGGCCGACCUGCGGGCCCGCGAGCGGCAGCUCCUGCUGGUCCAGGAGAGCCUGCCGCCGCAGCGGUAUAAGGAGACGGUGACGUCGCUGCUGGCCUGGCUUCAGCAGUGCGAGGCCCAGCUGUCUGUUCCCUCGGCGGCUGUCACUGUCUACCCCGUGAUGGAACAGCGGCUCAAGGACAUCCAGGCCCUGCAGGUGGGGCUGCAGGAACACCAGAGUGACCUGGACUACCUGACGGUCACCAUGGAGCAGGUGUGUCAGAAGGCCCCCCCCGAGGUGGGCCACAGGUUCCGGGCGGAGCUGGAGCCCCUGGCGCUGCGCUGGAAGAAGCUGUCGGAGCUGCUGUCUGAGCGCGCUCAGACCCUGCAGGGCCUGAUGGACAAGCUGCAGCAGUUCCAGAACGACACGAAGACGCUGCGGAAGUGGAUGGCUGAGGUGGACGUGUUCCUGAACGAGGAGUGGCCAGCCCUGGGUGACUCAGAGGCGCUGGAGAAACAACUGGAGCAGUGCACGGCCCUGGUGAACGACAUCAACACCAUCCAGCCCAGCCUGAACGGCAUCAACGAGGUGGGGCUCGCGCUGAAGAGGGAGGCGGAGCCUGCGUUUGGCAGCAAGCUGCAGAAGGAAAUCGCAGAGCUCAACGCCCAGUGGGAGAACAUCUGUAAGCAGGCCUAUGCUAAGAAGUCGGCGCUGAAGGGCGGCUUGGACCGGACGGUGAGCCUGCGGAAGGACCUGUCGGAGAUGCAGGAGUGGAUCACGCAGGCGGAGGAGGAGUUCCUGGAGCGAGACUUCCAGUACAAAACCCCAGAGGAGCUGCGCAAGGCCGUGGACGAGCUGAAGAGGGCUCAGGAAGAGGUGGCUCAGAAGGAAGUGAAGGUGAACCUCUUGACAGAAACGGUCAACAACUUCCUGUCCAAGGCCCCCCCGGCCGCCCACGAGGCCCUGACCGCGGAGCUGCAGGUCCUGACCAACAACUACCAGCGCCUGUGCAGCCGGCUCAACGGGAAGUGCAAGACCCUGGAGGAAGUGUGGGCCUUGUGGGGGGAGCUGCUUUCCUACCUGAAGCAGGAGAACAGCUUUCUGGAUCAGCUGGAGAAGAAACUGCACGAGGUUGAGAACAUCCAGGGAGGAGCGGAGGAGAUGUCUGAAGCGCUGGAUGCUUUGGAGACUCUGCUCCGUCACCCCGAGGACAAUCGGACCCAGAUCAACGAGCUGGCCCAGACCUUGAUGGACGGCGGGGUCCUGGAUGACCUCAUCAAAGAAAAGCUGGACGCGUUCAACGCGCGCUGGGAGGAGCUUAUGCGGCAGGCUGUGCAGAGGCAGCAGCAGCUGGAGAAGAGUGUGCAGUGGGCCCAGGAGAACGACAAGACCCUGCGUCUCAUCCAGGAGUCUCUGCAGUCCACUGACCGACACCUGUCUUCUUACAUCGCCGACCACAUCGAUGCCAGCCAGAUACCACAGGAGGCACAGAAAAUCCAGGCAGAGCUGAACAGCCACGAGCAGAGCCUGGAGGAGAUGAAGAAGAAGAACGAGGCGAGGGACCCGUCCGACAGGGUGCGCUCUCAGAUCGACAUCACACAGAAGAAGCUCCAGGAGGUGACCACCAAGUUCCGCAUCUUCCAGAGGCCGGCCAACUUCGAGCAGCGCCUGCAGGACUGCGAGCGGGCGCUGGACGACGUGAAGACGCAACUGGGGGUGCUGGGCAUCCGCAGCGUGGAGCAGGACGUGGUGCAGUCGCAGCUGGACCAGUGCAUGAAGUUCUAUAAGAGUCUGAGUGAAGUGAAGGGCGAGGUGGAGACGGUGAUAAAGACGGGGCGCCAGAUCGUCCAGAGGCAGCAGACUGAGAACCCCAAAGAGCUGGACGACCGACUGACCGCUCUCAAGCUGCUGUACAACGAUCUGGGGGCCCAGGUGACUGAGGGGAAGCAACAGCUGGAGAAGAGUCUGAAGUUGUCACGGAAACUGCGCAAGGAAGUGAACAGUCUGACGGAGUGGUUGGCGGCGACGGACGCGGAGUUGACGCGCAGGUCGGCCGUGGAGGGCAUGCCGAAGGACCUGGAGGCUGAAGUGGCCUGGGCCAAGGCCACGCAGAAGGAGACGGAGAGGCACGAGCCGCAGCUGCGGAGCGUGAUGGAGCUGGCCGACGCCCUGAAGGCCCUGCUGAAGGGGCAGGAGAGCCUGGUGGAGGACAAGGUCAGCCUGCUCAACUGCAACUGGAUCGCCGUCACGUCCCGCAGCGAGGAGUGGCUCAACCUGCUCCUGGACUACCAGAGGCAGAUGGAGUCGCUGGAUCAGAACAUCGCUCAGAUCACCGCCUGGAUGUACCGGGCCGAAAUUCUGCUCGACGAGUCCGACACCCCGGCCUCCAGUGACCAGGUGCUUAAGAAUCUGCGGGCGGAGCUGGAGGACAUGCGUGUGAAGGUGGAGGCGGUGCGGGGGCAGGCCCAGGACCUGAUAAAGAACCGAGGGGAACACUGCCGGGCCCAGGUGGAGCCCAAAGUGGAGCAGCUCAACCUGCGCUUUGAGGAGGUCGCCCGCCGGAUCAGAACUGGGCAGACCGCUGCUUCGGCCAGGGAGGUGGAGCAGUACCACAGCGAGGCUCGCAUCUGGCUGGAUCUCCUGGAGGAGGAGGUGCAACAGGGGGAGAACCUGAAGGAGGAGGACUUCCAGCAGGAGAGCGACUGUGAUGAGGGGCCAGUGAAGGAGCUCCUGGAGAAGGGGGAGAGCCUGCAGAAGAGGGUGCCUGACGAGGGGAAGCGAGAGGAGAUCCGCAUUAAACACGACCAACUGAACAGCAAGUACAACACUGUGAAGGACCUGCGGGCCCUGCGGAAGAGAAAGGCCCUGGCGAUCGCCCCGCAGUGGUACCAGUACCGCCGCAAGUCCGACGACCUGCUGCAGUGGCUGGACGACAUCGAGCGGAGCGUGGCGGAACUGCCAGACCCCCCGAAGGAGCAGAGGGUGAAGGAGAUUGGCUCGGAGCUGGAGCAGAAGAGUGGGGAGCUGAGCGAGUUGCGGGUGCAAGCCCAGGUGUUGGCUGAUGGGGGCGCUGCACGGCUCGUGGAGCCUCGCCUCACCCAGCUCAACAAACGCUGGGAGGUGGUCGAUGGCAAAUUCGCUCCUUUCCGACGUUCCAUACAAAGUGCCUACUUAAAUGACCUGCGAGACCUACUGAAGUCCAUUGCUGAGACAGAGUUCCUGCUGAACUCCCCUGAGUACUGGGCAGUGUACUACGACCUGCCCAAACAGGAACAGUGCCUACAGGAUGUGAAGGUGAAACUGGAGAAGCUGCAGCCUCCAGUAGAGGGCGCUCAAGCGAGAAAGGGCGAUGUUCUCCACUCUGCAACUCCCCAAGAAAUUCAACAUGUCCAGGAAACUCUGUUGCUCCUCAGCACAAACUGGGAGAAAGUUAACAAGCUGUACCGUGACCGCCAAGCGCGCUUUGAGCUGUCCCAGGGGAAGUGGCGCAAGUUCAGCGCAGACUCGAAGGCGCUGACGAAAUGGCUCGGUGGCGCGGAGCAGACCCUGGAGCAGGCCGAGCAGGACCCCGUCCGCGCCAGAGAGCGUCUGAAGGAGCUGGAGGAUGCUGUGGGGGCUCAGGAGGGCGCGGUGGCGAGCCUCAACGCCGCCGGCGAGGAGAUCAUUCAGCAGAGCCGGCCGGACGACGGCCUCCGGAUCAGGGAGCAACUGAGCGCGCUCAACAAGCGCUGGGAGGACGUGCGCGGACGGCUGGCGGAGAGGAAGAGGAGGUCGACGGAGGCGCGUCACGCGGCGGCCGAGCUGCAGGAGGACCUGAGCGAGUUCCUGUCCUGGCUGGACGAGGCGGAGGGCGCGGCCACCAUCGUUCCGCAGCCGGGCAACCAGGAGCAGCUGAGGGUGUCGCUGGAGAAAGUGCAGCCAAGGGUGCUGGAGCUGCCGCGCAGGAAGGACACCCUUAAAGAGCUGAACGACCGGAAGACGAGUGCAUCACUUCCUGCGCCCAAACAGAGCGAGGCUCUACAGGCAGACCUGCAGCUCAUCAAUACUCGCUGGACUAAGGUCUCUCGGGUGUUGCCAGAGAAGCUGCAGGAGAUCUUGGACCUGCUGAAGGAUCUGUCUCAGGUCCAGGAUCAGGUCUCCCAGCUCUCCCUCUGGGCCUCCAGCACCAAAGAGCAGCUUCAGCUCUGCAGACAAACGGGCGAUACCAAGGAGAUAGAAGAUUCUGUCCAAGCCAAGCGUCCGGAUGUGGAAGGAGUUUUCGCCAAGUUUCAGCUGUUGUACAAGAACAGGCCCCCCUCGCAGCCUUUAAAGGGGAAGUUUGAGGAGCUCAGUGUGGACUGGAGGGCCAUCCUGGAGCUGCUGAAGGAGCUGAAGGAGAAGCAGAGCAGGGUAGUGACCCCUGACACUGCGCGAGAGAAGGUGACGGAGACUCUGACUGGCAGUGCCACGCUGGGUGAGAUGCCAUCCUCACUGUUUAUGGAGAUGCCAGCCCUGGCACAAUUCAACAGGUCCUGGAUGGAGCUCACCGAUUGGCUGUCGCUACGUGACCACCUGGUCAAGUCCCAGAGAGUCACAGUGGCUGACCUGGAGGAGAUCAACGAUAUGAUUGUGAAACAGAGGGCCACACUGCAGGACCUGGAGCAGAAGCGCCCCCAACUGGACAGUCAGAUCACUGCCGCUCAAAACCUCAAGAACAAAACCAACAAUCAGGAGGCCCGAGCUUUCAUCACCGACCGCAUUGAUAAAUUACAGACACAGUGGGAGGAGCUACACGGCCGGUUGACAGACAGGUGGACGGAACUGCAGCGCAUGCUGAAGGACUCUGGCCACUGGCUGGAUGCAAAGAAGGAGGUGGAGCCUCUGCUAAAGCGAGCCAAUGACAAGCUGGAGUCCUGGAAGGAGAUAUCCUAUACGGUGGAUGCACUUAAGAAGCAGAACGCUGACCUAAAGAAUUUUGUGAAGGACCUGCAGCAGUGGCAGACGUCCGUGGACGUGAGUAAUGACCUGGCCCGUGAUCUGCUGAAGAACUACGCCAACGACGACACCAGCAGAGUUAACCUGCUCACAGACAACGUGAAUGUCACCUGGGCCAACAUCAACAAGAGGGUGGGCGACAGGGAGGCGGCCCUGGAGGCGGCUCUGCGGCUGCUGCAGCAGUUCUAUCUGGACCUGGAGAAGUUCCUCAACUGGCUGACGGAGGCGGAGACCACGGCCAACGUGCUCCAGGACGCCACCCACAAGGAGGGGCUGCUGGAGGACCCGUCCAUGGGACACCAGCUGAUGGCGCAGUGGCAGGAGCUCCAGUCGGAGAUCCAGGGCCACACGGAGGCCUUCCACACGCUGGACGAGAACGGCCAGCGCAUCCUGACCUCGCUGGAGGGGUCCGAGGACGCGGGCCUGCUGCAGCGGCGGCUGGACAACAUGGGCCAGCGCUGGAACGAGCUGCGCAGCAAGUCCCUCAGCAUCAGGUCUCACCUGGACGCCAGCACACAGCAGUGGAAGCGGCUGCACAUGUCCCUGCAGGAACUGCUCAACUGGCUGGCGCUGAAGAGCGAGGAGCUGGCCCAGCAGGCACCUGUAGGGGGCGAUGUCCCCACUGUGCAGCAGCAGCUUGACACACACAGGGCGUUCAGGAAGGACAUUCGGGCCAAGGAGCCUGCGGUGACCGGCGCGCUGGAAGCAGUGAGGGUCUUCCUGUCAGAGCAGCCGACUGACGGAGCAGGGAGGGCGGAGCCAGAGCAAGGAGAGUUGACCCCCGAGGAGCGCGCUCAGAACAUGGGGCGCGUCCUGCGGAAGGAGGCGGAGGACGUGCGCGCGGGGUGGGAGGGGCUGAGGCUGCGCUCGGCCGACUGGCAGCAGCAGCUGGACCGGGCCCUGGCGCGGCUCCUGGAGCUCCAGGAGGCCCAGGACCGGCUGGACCUCAGGCUGCAGCAGGCCGAGGCCGUCAAGGAGUCCUGGGAGCCCGUGGGCGACCUGCUCAUCGACUCCCUGCAGGACCACAUCGACAGAGUCAAAGCUUUUCGAACGGAGAUCGCCCCCAUCAAAGAUGACGUAACUCAGGUGAACGAUCUCGCCUCCACCUUUGGGCCCAUGGGCAUCCAGCUGUCAAGGCUGAACCUCAACAGGCUGGACGACCUCAACACGCGGUGGAAGCUUCUACAGGUUUCCAUGGAAACCUGCAGAAUCUCAGGGAGAAUGAAGGAGGUGGGAGAUAUAUCCAAGGUUUCCAUUGAAGAGCAUUUCAGACAGCUGAAUGAGGCCCACCGGGACUUCGGCCCUCAGUCUCAGCACUUCCUUCUUCCCUCUGUUCAGCGUCCGUUUGAACGCUCCAUCUCUCCGAACAACGUGCCCUACUACAUCAAAAAAGAGAAAACAGGACCAGAGGAGAUGACCCGGAUCCUCUCAGACCACCAGACACAAACCACCUGCUGGGACCAUCCCAAGAUGGCGGAGCUGUACCAGUCUCUGUCUGACCUGAACAACGUGCGGUUCUCCGCCUACAGGACCGCCAUGAAGCUCCGGCGGCUGCAGAAGGCCCUCUGCUUGGACCUCCUGGGCAUGACGGCGGCCCGCGAGGCCUUCGACCAGCACGGCCUGAAGCAGAACGAGCAGGUGAUGGACAUCAUGCAGAUCAUUAACUGCCUGACCAGCGUGUACGACCGUCUGGAGCAGCAGCACAGCAGCCUGGUCAACGUCCCGCUGUGCGUGGACAUGUGUCUCAACUGGCUGCUCAACGUCUACGACACAGGGCGAACAGGAAAAAUCCGCACUCUGUCCUUCAAAACGGGCAUUAUUUCACUCUGCAAAGCACACCUGGAGGACAAGUACAGAUUUCUGUUCAGAGAGGUGGCGGGCCCCACAGGGACAUGUGACCAGCGGCGUCUGGGGCUGCUGCUGCACGAGUCCAUCCAGAUCCCCCGGCAGCUGGGCGAGGUGGCGUCCUUCGGGGGGAGCAAUAUCGAGCCCAGCGUCCGCAGCUGCUUCCAGUUCGCCAAUAACAAGCCGGAGCUGGAGGCGGCGGUGUUCCUGGAUUGGAUGCGGCUGGAGCCUCAGUCCAUGGUGUGGCUCCCGGUGCUGCACCGCGUGGCGGCGGCGGAGACCGCCAAGCACCAGGCCAAGUGCAACAUCUGCAAGGAGUGCCCCAUCAUCGGCUUCAGGUACCGAAGCUUAAAGCACUUUAAUUAUGACAUCUGCCAAAGCUGUUUCUUCUCCGGACGCGUCGCCAAGGGACACAAAAUGCAAUACCCGAUGGUGGAGUACUGCACUCCGACGACUUCUGGGGAAGACGUGCGGGACUUUGCCAAGGUGCUGAAAAACAAAUUCAGGACGAAACGCUACUUUGCCAAGCACCCCAGGAUGGGAUACCUGCCUGUGCAGAGCGUUCUGGAGGGAGACAACAUGGAGACUCCUGUUACACUGAUCAACUUCUGGCCUGUAGAUUAUGCGCCUGCGUCAUCUCCCCAGCUGUCCCACGAUGACACCCACUCCCGAAUCGAGCAUUAUGCCAGCAGACUAGCUGAAAUGGAAAACCGAAAUGGCUCCUAUCUGAAUGACAGCAUCUCACCAAACGAGAGCAUCGACGACGAGCACCUGCUGAUCCAACACUACUGCCAGAGCCUGAACCAGGAGUCCCCCCUGAGCCAGCCCCGCAGCCCCGCCCAGAUCCUCAUCUCCCUGGAGAGCGAGGAGCGGGGGGAGCUGGAGCGCGUCCUCAACGACCUGGAGGAGGAGAACAGGAACCUGCAGGCCGAGUACGACCGCCUGAAGCAGGCCCACGACCGCAAGGGGCUGUCCCCGCUGCCCUCGCCCCCCGAGGCGCUGCCCGUGUCGCCCCAGAGCCCGCGGGAUGCCGAGCUCAUCGCCGAGGCCAAGCUGCUGCGGCAGCACAAGGGCCGGCUGGAGGCCCGCAUGCAGAUCCUGGAGGACCACAACAAGCAGCUGGAGUCCCAGCUGCACCGCCUGCGCCAGCUGCUGGAGCAGCCGCAGACGGACCCCAAGCUGAACGGCACGGCGCUGUCGUCCCCCUCCACGUCCUCCCAGCGCUCCGACAGCAGCCUGCCCCUCCUGCGCGUGGCCGCCAGCCAGACCACCGACACCAUGGGUGAGGACGAGCUGGCCAGUCCUACCCAGGAUACGAGCACUGGACUGGAGGAGGUGAUGGAGCAGCUCAACAGCUCCUUCCCUCAUAGCCAGGGCCUCGGUGUGGGCAGCUUGUUCCAUAUGGCGGAUGACCUAGGCCGCGCUGUGGAGUCUCUGGUCAGUGUGAUGACGGACGAGCCGGGGGCGGAGUAACACGGCUCCUCCCCCUCUCCCUCCCCAGCAUGCUUUUAUAGUCAAAACAACUGGACUGGACACCUUUACAAAGAGAAAAAUACAUCUAUUUUUGUCAAAGAUCAUGGUUACAAACUUGUAGAAUUCAGUAGUUUCUUAAGUCUAAAAAUUGUUUUAUUAACAAAGGCAGGUUUUUACACUUCUAUGCAAUUGUACAAAACACUUCGGAAAUGUGUGUGAAAUGAUUUGCUGUUUCUUUGUAUGGAGCACAUUUCAGAUCGUUCAAAAAAAAAAAGUUUGUAACAAUUAAAAAGAUUGUAAACUAAAGGACGCUUUAUAUGACAUACAUUUAUUUAUGAAAAACAUGAAAAAAUCUUUUAAAGGCAAUGCAUUUGUUGUGCAACUUUAUAGAUGUGUGUAUGUACGUGUGAGUGUGUGCGCGUGCGUGUGAAGGAGAAACGUUCACCUUAACAGUGUUGUCGUUCUUGCUUUAGAUAAAACCCCCACCAAUAUUGUUACCAAAUUAUUCACCCAAGUCAUUGGUCUUUCUGUUUACUUCACUGUCUCUUGAUUUCCCAGCAUGCUCCACACCUUUUUUGAAACGCAGUAUUAUAACUCACCUUGUAUCACUUCCUGCUGUUUUCACAUGAUGGUUGCGUAAGCUGAUCCUGGAUCAGCUGGUGCAGAGCAUUUUUUUUCUCCGACACCUAGUUAAAUCACAUUUUCCCUUUUGUGUUUAGAUUCAUUGCGAAGUAGUAUCUUUGAAAAAAACCCUUUCGAAAGAUUUUUUAUAAUCAAGAAUCGAUAACGUAUUGUUUUCAAAAGGAUGAGAAAGGGAGACUUGGUUCUUUUCGGAUGUGUCUGAAAUCUGUUGAAGGUGAGAUUGAAAAGUGAUAACUUGUACCGAAUGUUGUGCUUGAAAGCAGAGGGGGGGGGGGGUGUUUGUUUUUUUUCAGUCACAGAAGAGAUUAUUUUGUUGGAAUUUAGUCUUUUCCAAGCACACUGAGAGAUGGACACGUGGAAGAGGAGUGUGUUGCUCUGCGCAGAUCCCUGCCCAUUCUUCCAGUCAUGCAAGUUCUACCUCAGUUUCUUCGGUACUCCGUACUUUCGGUAUUCUGUCCAGUUCUCCAUUACGCCUCAGCGAGAUUUCAGUGAAAUUACCAUCUUAAAGCAUCUAAACUGAAUUCAGUCAUUGUCUUAGACUUUUAAUGUGUCCUUCUCCAUCUUGUUUGUGUUCUUGUUCAAACAUUGUAUUUCUAAAUACAUUGUUUUUGCUUUUGUUUUUUUGUUUGUUAGUGUCACGGAGAUGGAAUCUGAAUACACUCACUACUUUCUUUAAUAACACUGCACCCUUUUCCGAGAUGCAUUUUAGUUUUUGCUUUAUUGUUGCUUCGAAAGGGCAAGCAUUACCUAUUUAAUCACGAAGUACUAAAUAUAACCAUUAAUUUUGUUGUAUAAUCUGAUUAAAAAUGAGUAAACCUGACUGACGCCUCUCGUGGUGACAGCAUGUUCCAGGAUGUUUUCAGAUAUUUCAUAUAUUCAUCUCUAACCCCAAUAUUAUCAUUUUUGUCUUUAUUUUAAAAAAUCUCAUGUUACACAUUUUCCUUCGAAACAUAUCAAAUGCCACCAAAUAUAUGCCUUACUACUGUAAUAUAAAUAGCUUUACUGUGUAUAUCAAUAAAGCACGCAGUUAUGUUAACCUUU